GCCCCGCCCUCAGACCGCGGCCCCACCGCCGGCCCUUGCACGCUGCGUGCUUGUGGGGGUGGUGCGUUCGGCCCUCCUCCUGCCGCGGCCGCAGCUCUCGGGCUUUGUUGUGAAGGCUGCACGCCGGCAGCUUGCCCGCGGGGGAGGAGCGCGCAGCUCUGAAAUGUUGGAGGAAAAACUGGAGCUAGUGCCAGAUCAAACAACUUGAGAAGAACAAAUGGAGAACUUGUCUGAAGAAACCCACAACCUGGGACAGAAAGGAGAAGACUUCUGUGCAGAAUUUCAAUUUCAUCCAAAUUCCUCCAGAAAAGCGGAUUUUUUCAUCCAAGCAGAAGAUGAAGCACUGAAACUUUCAGAUUUGUUAGUAACCAGUCAAGGAAGAUCUCCAAAUAUGUGUGCGCAGUUCAGUUCCAGUCCUGGAGAAUCAAGUGGUGCUGUAGGAAGUAGAGGGAAAAUACUCCCUGAAUUUAUAUCUUCAAGGGAAGAUCCCACAGGUUUUGGUGGAAAGACACAAACUUCAUUCCUCCUAAAAGAAUUGGACACUCUAAGGGCCAAAAAUAAAAAGCUUCAAGAUGAGGUGUUGGAAAAGGACAAGGAAUUGAAGACAAUAAAACUGGACUUAGAACUGCAAGAGAGAGCUACAGAAGCUAAGAUUGCAGAAAAGAUUGCAGCUCUGGUUGAAGAAGUUUAUUCUGCUCAACGGGAACGUGACAAGGCUGUCAUGGCAAGGCUUAGGUUAGCCAACGAAGAGAGAGAUGAAGCAUUUCUACGAGUCCGGCGUUUAGAAGAGUCACUCAAAGAGCUAGAAAAUAUUAACCCUGAAGAAAAUGACAUGACAUUACAGGAAUUACUGAACAGAAUAAACAAUGCAGACACAGGGAUAGAUAUACUCAAGAAUGGAGCUAUAAUUCUGAAUCGAAUACACAGGACCAAAGAACGUAAAAAGAAAAUAAUAGCUGAGGAAAUGAACACAGUGAUAGAACAACGGGAUGCUGCUUUGUCUCAAUGCAAACGGUUAGAGCAGGAGCUUCAUCAUCUGAAAGAGCAGAACCAGACUUCAGCAAACAACACGAGACAUCUGACUGCUGAAAACAAUCAAGAACGUGCUCUGAAGGCAGAACUGAUAGCCCUGCAACAAGAAAAAGAAGCCACUCUUCAGCAGUGCAGAAAGUUAGAAGAAGAAAUCCAGAGAUUGCAUGUACAUUACAGUUUACACAAACCUGUGUCUCAAGGAGUGAGCCUGAAUGACUGGCUUCACUGUGCUUUCAUUACUUCUGAAGGUGGCCUGAAAGACAGGGACGACAUUGUGACCAUUACCUAUGGCCAGCUUAAGGACCUGGCAGCUCAGCUGCAGCAAUCUCAGUCCGAGCAGCAGGACACCGAGCUGAAGCUUCAGAAGGCCUUGGAGGCUUUGAAGGAGGCCAAUGAGAAGGUUCAGAAUGUCUGCAGUGUAUUUCAAGAGCAACUAGGAAUUGGCUGAUAAUAUAUUGCAGGGACCUAAUGAGAGUUCUUCUUGAGUUGGAAAGGCUGGUGGACGUCCUGAGGAAGAAGGUUGGAGCAGGGACCAUUAGGACCGUGAUCUGAUUGAAAGCUUCAGUCUAAGGAAGCAUUCACAUCUGGUGACCAGGCUGCUUCAUUCAGCACUGUGUAAACACUAAAGCCUUAACUUAGCAAACAGUUGUUAGAAGUGGGACACUCCAGCGACAUUCCAAGCUGAGAUAAAAUCAAAUCAUAAAUGUUUAACUACUUUGCUGCUGAGUUCUGUGAUUUGUUGAAAUGUUUCACUGCAAACAUAUAUUUGUUUUUAAGCAGAUGCAUUGUGGCUCUGUGUACUAUGAAAAAUGAUGUAGAUGCUUAUUUUAACAGUCUGUUCCAUCAGUGUAACUAGACUACAGUCUGCUGCAAGCAAGGCACAGCUUGACCGUGUGUUCAAAUACCUCCAGCUUCAGGUGCAAAAUCCUGGAAAACAGCUUCAAAAUUUGAAUCCCUUGUGUUAUUUAUGAAACUGCAAACAGUCUGGUAUUUGUAUAUUAAAUGCAGUAUUUGAUAAAGUAAGUUUACGUUCAAGAAAUAGUUCUGUCCACUGUGUUGGAGAUUUUUUUCCUCUUUACUUACAGCCCAUUGCAGCUAAUAACCAUAGCUACAUCUAAAGGAAGGAUGCACUUAUAGCUUUAUACAACACUUGAAUAACUGCUGGAGUACAUGGUAUUUUCAGCAUACCUUCUAAAGAAGUGUAUAGCUAGGUUUCACUGGAGGAACAACUGCAUAAAUAAUCAUAAAUCGCUGUGUGAAAGCCUUGAGACAUUGUGGGGUAUCUCAGACAGUGGGGAAGGUUUCCUGGUUUGUUUUCAGUUACUCCUCUGUCCUUCCCUAUAGGGUAAAUCCUUCAGAUGUUCAGAAAUCACCUUACGGUCAAAACGCAUCUAUUUGUUGUAAGGUGAGUGGCUCAGACAUUUCCUGCAAGAAUGUUUUCCCAGCUUUAUUUUGACCUCUGAUUGCUCUGCAAUGCAGGAGUACCAUCCUGGUUGGAUUUGGGGCCAGAAUGCCAGCCCUCUGCUUUGCUGACUCCCAAAGUGCCCUGGGAGAAAACUUGAAUGCUGAAGGACAAAAGAGGAAAGAAACAGAGGAGUGGGGAAGAAAAUUGCAGGUACACAGUCAUUGUAGACAUUACCCAAAGAUAUAGGAGAGUUGGCCCUAGAUGUAUAUUUGGGAACCAAAUAUCUCCAUGUACUCCAUAUUUUUAUCACACAAGCAAAUGCGAACUAAAGAGUCAGCUCAAGGCAGCUGCCUAACAAAUCUGGCCCCUUGCAGGGAAAUGAGUAGCAUUCCUUCAAGCCAAAUUUAUCCAGGGUCACUUCAGAAACUCCUGAUGAGCUCCUUUUUGACCUUCGUUCAAUCCUGAGAUAGCCAGUGAGACUGAAGUCUCUCCACAUGUAUUCAGUGGGAUGAAAGUUUCAUGCUUCCAGUCCAGAAGCCCAUCAACCCAGCACCCAGCCCCUUCCAACUCUCUACAGUGCUCCCAUUCUGCAUUCAGACAACUCAAUGCUCUUUUUUCCAUUGUCUUCAUUGAACCUUGGAUCACUAAUAGAAAGAAAAGAUCGCCUGAGCUGUCAGCACUGUUGAAGCAGUUCUGCUUGAGGAAAUGGUAUAACCUAAUUUUUCUACUACAAAAACAUCGAACAGCCAUUCCUGUUUGUACCAUUUUUUCAUCCCUUAUGAUUUUAUGUAUUUUUCAUCAUUCACUCACCCAUCUUCCAGACAGAAGCCCGAGUCUCUCAUAGAGGAGCUGUCUCAUGUUUUCAACUUGCCUUGUCAUGCUGAUCUAUUUCUUUUCUAGUUCUUCGGUGUUUUUACCAAGAUAGAGCAGGAUUUGUGCAUGGUAUUCAAGCUGUGACUUUAACAGAUGUCAUAAUUAUGUUUUCUGUUUUAUUCUUCAAGCUAUUUGUAAUUGUUUAAGCAUUAGAAUUUCUUUAGGAAAGCUUAUGUCUUUUAAGUUAGUACUUGUAUAAUAAUAAUAACUUUAGAUCUUAUUCUUCAGUUAUAAUAUCCAGUUCAGGAUUCAUCAUGGGGUGUACAAGAUCAGAACAGAUCAAAACCAUUUUCUGAACGUUCAGCUGCUGUAUUACUAUGCAUUCCCUGACUGAUUACCACUUGUUCCUAUUCUGCAGCUCAUCCUCAGCAAUGAUAAUUCUUUAGGAAAUAUCAUUUAUCUCCAGAUUAUCCCCUUUUUCAAGGCAAUUUCUUAUGGCCUUGAAAUAAGUUGAACAGCAUGGUCUCUGACAAAGAUUCCUAUAGGACAGUAAGUUAGUUUAUAUUCACUGUGAAAAUGAUACAUUUAUUGUUAGCUGUUGUUUUGAACUAACUUUUAACUACAUAUUUUUCCGUGUGAAGAUUUUCCAUCUUACUCCUUUGGCAACUGUGUUGAGGGAGCUUGUUUGUUGCUUGGGAAAUGCAAGUUUACUUAAUCACGGCUUGUUUUCUAUGCAUGAAUGUGCUAGGUUCCUCCUCCCCAUGUGUAUCAGAAUUUCUCACCUUGCCCCAAAUCCUUCCUCCUCUGAGCCAAUUACUGUGUGAGUGCAGGCUCUGUAUAGCACAGCUGUUGGCCCUCCCUCCCCUUGCAUCAGCUGGCUUUGUUUAGGAACGUAGCAUCAGCAUACUUCUUAUUGUGGGUGUUACUUGAUUAUGUACAUUUAUAUGGUAAAUUUGCUACAUUAUUUUCUUUUUGACAUGCUAUACCUAAGAUAAAAAAAUAUUUCCUGAUUCUGUCUUACAUCUUGUACCAAGUGACCAUGAGAUGUAAUGAGCUUUUAAGUUAGCUUUUUUUUUAUAUCACCCUGCACAUGUUACUUUGAAUCAUAAUUAAAUUAGGCAUCAAUUUUUAAAAUUCAGAUAGAAAAGUUUGUUUUCUUUUGGAAAAAGCCUUGGGAAAUUGGCUGUGCUGGGAGGUGAAGAUUCUGAAGCAGUUGGGCUCUGUCUCCUCCUUGCUCAUAGCAUGGUGUGUGGUCCUCAACAAAUCCUGCAGUGACUGUUGUAAAAGGCAUGAAGACCCUCAAGAGGCCCACGGGCACCCUGGGGGGGAUCUCAGGCACCUCUGUAGGUUAAUGGCAAAACACUUUCACUUCUUCACCCGCUGUAGUGAAUGACAAAGGUUGGGCAGUUCCAGAAAUAGAGGCCUAGCCCUUGGUGCCUUCAGGUGGAUUUCUGGCCUCAGUGAACUCAGUCUGAGUUUUGUCUUUCAGUGUAAUGAGGGCAGGAACUCUGAUCUGACAUGUAGAAAUAGGCAAUAAUGAUAACACAGAUUAAUUGGCUUUUGUUGUGCAGUUUAUUCAGUGAGAAGUGAUUGAUGUCUGUGAAAUGUUCUGAAGGCAGAGAAAACCUGCUCUAUAUAGCAGAUAUGGAGAAGUCACUUCUGUCCUAACUUGUGGAGAAAGAUGAGCUUGCAUCAGAUUAAGUAACAGAAAUAGCAGUUUGUUUUCCUCCCGGUGAUGAAAGAUGGCUCACCAUGGGCAAUACUUAUGGUGACAGUUGUAAUUACUGGUCAAAUUAGUGUCCCUGUUGUUUUGAAGAGCACUGAGAUAUUCAGGAAUACUCAACCCCUGUGAGAUUUCCUGUGUUUCUCUUGAUGAUCCUGCAGCAUGCUUGCAUUGGGAGCCAUUUCUGCAAUAUGCCAGGGUAAAAUAUGUAAAUAGCAUCAUGUUGGCUUGGGAUAAAAGCGUUAUUAAUGCUUUUCGGCACUGUAAUUAUAUUCAUAGUAAGCCUUCCCUAAGCCCACACUAAUUAACAAUAUUAUGACAAAUCAACUUUAACUGAAAAGAACUGUGAACCUUUAGUCAUUUAGUACUGUUUUCAUUCAGCCCAUAACCCAAAAUCAGUAGUGUGGUUUUCUGCACGAGUGCCAGAAAAACUACAGAUACUUGCAAAGUUCAGAGCCAGAUCAGUCAUGUUUGCAGAAUCCCAGAGAUGAAGUCAGUUUGAUUCUGCUUUAAAUAUAUUCACAAUAAAGCAAGAUUCACUAGUUAACCAUUAAUAUAGGGGAACAUGAAAACAGCUCUUAUGAAUAAGCCAUCAUAUUUAAAUAGUUUAGUAAAGUCAUUAUGUUGUCACUGGCAUACUUGUUUAUCUAUUUAUUUCAAAUCACAGGACACUUUACAGAUAUUCACCUUAAUUUUCAAAUUAAAUGGCUUUAUAAAUUUUCUUAUCAAAUGAUCAAGAAUUAUAACAUCCUUAAUCCAUGUACACAAAUGAACUUGCUAUCUAAAUGUCAAUAUUCUUCUGUGCUAUUAUCUUCUUCAUUUAGAACACUUCCUGAUGAAGGCUGCUAGCAUUUUUUUCUUCUUCUUUUUAAUUUGUGUGCCACAAGAUUUUUGUCACUUGCAGGAAUAAGCUGCAAUACACAUUAAGUCUCUCACUGACAGUUUCUCUCAUAUUGAUCUCACUAUGAUCACAGUGUUAUGCUGACUAUUAUUAUUGUACCAUUUCACAUCAGGUCUACAGAGCUGGACUUCCCUUGUUUGUUUUUCUCAUGCAUUGGUAAAUAAAAUGCAUUCACAAGUCCAAAAAACAAAGUGGUGUUCUCAUAUUAGGUUGAUUAUAAGUCAGCUGUUGAGCUUCACUGGUCUAAACAUUUCAUUCUUCAGUUUUGUUGGGAGCACACGUGUUCUGGGAGGCUUUUAAACAAAUGCUUGAAAUGGUUGAAAGAUUUACAUUGCUGGUGCCUAGCUAAAUAUGUAGUCUUUAGAAAAGACAUGGUUUAUUUUGGCACCAUUUGAAAAACUCAAAUAUUUUAAACAUUUGUUAAGUUUGAGCUUGCACAUUUCAACGAAAAGUUUGCAUUCCAAAAUUACAUCUCAGAUUACCUGUCUCUCUCUCUCUUUUGUAUUUUGUAAUCCUUUUAUUAAAAUAGUCUUUGUAAAAGAAGUUCAUUUUUGAGGGGAGGUGUUUGUUUGGUUGGUUUUUUUAAUUUGUAAAAUAUUGCCUUUACCUUAAUCAAUUUUUAAGGUAACAUUUACCUGGUAACUCUAUUCAACUAAACUUCAGAAAUGCAACUACAGAAUGCUUUCAGAAUUUAGAUCUUCAUGUGAGUGGCCAAGGCUUGUUUGUAAAAUUAGUCAAAUACAAGAAUUCUGGCCAAAUCCUGCAGAGCUUCAACUUAGUCGUUCUGAAUGCUAAGAUAAAUAAGUAGUAACCCUAAUGUUAGGGGUGCAGGGCCAGACAAUAAAGAGAGCAGGUUGAAUGAGUACUGAACUGAUAAAAUAGAACAGCUCAGGGAAAAAGAAAACCUUUUGCCUGGAGUUGUUUUUCUUUUUGGUCUUUCCCUCCCUUGGCUGGGGGAGGGGCUGCAAUGUUUAGCCUAAAUUUUUAUUUUAAAAUCAACUUCUACCUUUGGUUUUCCCAUAGGAUUUAACCUGAAAGUUGUACUGAAUCUUAAAAAAUUGAGAACGUAUAAAUUGAAAACAGUAUAUUUUGUAUAAAUCCUGACAGAUUCCCAGUUCAACAAACACUUGAGCAUACCACUACAAUUAUGCACGUGCUUUGGUGCGUUGCCCAGUCAACAGCCAACUGCAAAGGGUCACACGCCUUUCUGCGAAGCUGUCAUCAGGAGGAGUUUGGCGUGUUUCCUCCAUGGUUACCUGGAGCCAAAGGUCGAAACAGUGCCACAUUCACAGGAGUUCCUAAGCAUUUGAAUGGCUUCUGAACGUGCUAUGGCAGAUCCAUUGUCAUAUAGUGAAAUAGCAACGUACCUGGCAGAAUUCGUCACACCUGAUAAACCUUGCAGAAUACAUUACAUGAAUUUAAGAUGAUUACUGGACAUACAUGAAUAUGAAUACUGUAUUUCACAUAUGACUGAACAAUGACAUGAUUUCCUGAAGAAUUCAAAAGGUGGAAGCUAUGCGUUUGAGGUUUUUUGUUUCGUUUUGUUUUUGAUAAAGUAUAUUACUAGAACUACUACCAAAGCCAAAUUCAUAACAGAAAAGGAAAAUACAAAAAUUUAAGACGGAAAAAUGAAAAUUUAGUUUAGUGCUAUUCUAAUUUAUUGUCUGUAACCUCAAGACCUUUGCUCACAAUUUUUUACUUUCACUGAAGUAGUGCCACUAUUUCACAAAUUCUUUCUUUUCAGAUAAGUAAACAGUUUUCAAAAAUGAGAAAUGAGUCUAAGUUGAAAUCAAGCAAGAUUUCAUACACUUCUAUGUGACACUUAGCUUUUCAAAAAGUUAACUAAUAUCUUCACUUGGAUGUUUGGAUUAUUGAGAGAACAUGCACAGCUCAGAUGCAGCCUAUGUGGAAGUAUACUAGAGUAGAAAUAGAAUAAAAAAUGGUAGGUUUCUUCAUCAACACAUGGUUUCCAAACAUUAGUGGUACACUUAAGCAAAAGAAGACACAGGAGAUAAAAUUUGCAGUGUGAUCUGCUAUGGCAUUUGUUAUAUCAGCAUGCUUUGAAAUGGAGGUGCAUCAAAUGAAACACUUGAAGCUAUGACCUCCAGACUGGCAGACCAGUUCUACCACUUAACUGUAUUCUCUCUGGUGAGGAGAGAUUACAGCUUUGCACACAAGUCAAAAAUAUAGAGCUCUGUAUCAAUGUCAUAGGAUAUGGAGCUGUAGGGCUCCAAAACAGCAUAUCAUGAUUUUCAUACCUGGAGUUAUGAGUUCUCAAUGUGUGAUCCAGUCAGCAUACUGAGAAAGAUGUAGGUAAAUCCAAGUAAGUAGAAUCCAAGUAAAAGCUGUGAUUUACUUGGAUUCUACUUCCUACAAGGACAUGGAAGGCAUACAUCAGGACGCCAGGACUGGUCAGCGCUGAAGCUGCAUAAUAGCAAAGUGCAAGUUAGAAAUUACAUUUUGAACAGAACAGCAGAAGAGUAGUACGAGAAAAAAAAAUUGCAUGAGUGUGGAAGCAUAGUCUGCUUCAGAUGGAAAAAAAGGAGGAAAAUUUAUUGCAAUAAGCAACAGAAAUACUUCACUUUGCAGACACACAGAGGUGUUGAAAAUGUCAGGGAAGUCAUAGCACAACACGGAUUCUGAAGUCUUUGAGUGUAGGUGUCUCACUGAAGCUGAAGUUGAUGUGAGAGUGUGAGGAUAAGAAAAAUGCUGAAAUUUGGUUGUGUUCAGUUUGUUCACUGAAUUCUUGUUUGAUAUGACAAGAUAUCUCAGUUCUAAAUUUUGAAUAAAACAACAUUCCUAAUUAACAUUUAGCUGGUUUGGUCACUGUGUAGCCAAUAUGUACAGUUGGCAGUGUCCCCCCUGCUUCUCUCAGGUUGAGCAAUAGAAAUCACACCUGUCCUAUCGCUAAAGCUUUUUUGUUAUAAAGAAGCAUACAUUUAAUAUCACCAAAAUGGUAAAUAUUGAACCUUCUUAAGGUUUUCAUUAAGAAAUCUUAGCACACAUAUAAAAGAAAGUGAAAAACAAUAGCACUUUCUCCCAGUGAUAGGUUUCUUCACACAGGGGAUGAUCAGAGUUGGUCACAAUGAAUGGAGGAUGUUCCAAGCAGAUUUUAACACCUCUACUGCAGGUAUUGUGUGUCCAUAUGUCAGUUUUACUGUGGCUUGGGUGUGUGAAAUGCCAUCACCCACAGCUCUUUGUCAUGUCUCUAACAGUCGCCACUCUGCCUUUCAGAGCCACAGCUUCAUCUGUCCCAUAGAGUAGUUCUCCAUUCUGACCCAGAGGCAUUGCUUAUGGAACUUGCUGCUCCCAUGUGUGGUAAUUUUGAACUGGUAGGUUGAAGUGCAGGAGAGGGUCAGAGAUGUGCAAACUUGCAUUGUGCUCUGUGUUGAGCAAAGAUGUACCAGGAUGCAGGGAGAUGUGUGCAGUGUGAGGGACAGCUCUUAUCUGCAGACAUACAGCAUCAAAUAUCUGAGUACAGCAGUGCUGCAGUAGCAUGCACUGGAAAAGAGGCCAAAAAGCUUCACAGUUUUGCCCUGCUUUGAUCACAUAAUGGAGAAACUCACCUCAAUUACUUUUCAAGCAGCUAAAUGCCCCACUUCCUCUGCAUUUUGCUAGUCUGCUCGCGAUAACUUUAUUUCCCAAGAGCUCUAACAGCCACUAGAGUAAGACUUAUAAAUCUGAACUGCCUCUGCCUGAAGAAAAUAUGGUUUCAUCACAUGUGUUUUUGUGAGUUCCCACAGGACUGUUCUCAACAUUCCUAUAUAGCAAAGCCACUGCUGCCUGUGUUGGCUGCCUACUCUGAUUUUCAGUAGAGGUGCUAUUCUUGUAAUUUUCCAUACAUUGAGAUUUGAUCUGCAGGCAACAAACACUGCACAUUAUGAGGUGCUUCGUGCAAAACUUCACCCUUGCACAGACUGAUUUCCUGUAUCACCAACCAUUCGUUAUCGGGUGACCUGCUGCCUACUAUCUCAUUAAAUGUCCAAUUUCUUUUUUUCA